CUCCAAAUAGGAUUGUAAAACAAACAUUAAAAGAAAAUAAAUGUUCUCUCGACUCGAUUCAACUCUAGCACUACACGAAACUUAAUUACUCAAAAUAUGAAUAUAAGAAAGUCUCUCCUUCUUGCAAAGUUUAAUGUCCGGUCCGUUGCUUAAACGAACCCUCCGCCCGAUCGGAAACUCCACCGUUCACCUCCAAUUUUCCUCUUCCUUUUCCUCAUCCUCACCGCCCACCGACCCUUCGCCGUCGACGAAACCCUCAAUCUCCACUGUCGUUUCAGUUCUCACUCACCAACGCUCAAAAUCCCGCUGGCGAUUCCUCAACUCCCUCUGUCCCAACGGCUUCGAUCCCGGCGAGUUUUCCGAUAUCCUUCUCCAAAUCAAGAACAAUCCUCAUCUCGCCCUCCGUUUCUUCCUCUGGACUCAGAACAAAUCCCUCUGCAAUCACAAUCUCAUUUCUUACUCGACCCUCAUUCACAUCCUUGCUCGCGGUCGACUCAGAACUCACGCCAAGGAUGUUAUUCAAACUGCCAUUAGGGCUGCGCAGCUCGAAGAUAGCGAUAAUUAUUCUAAAACUGAGCGGUUCUCUCCUUCGAGGCCUUUGAAGCUUUUUGAAACCCUCGUCAAGACGUAUAAACGGUGUGGCUCUGCCCCAUUUGUGUUUGAUUUAUUGAUUAAAGCUCUUCUGGAUUCUAAAAAGCUCGAUUCAUCCAUUGAAAUUGUUAGAAUGUUACGGUCUCGUGGGAUUAGCCCACAAGUUAGUACGUUGAAUUCGUUGAUUUUGUUGGUGUCAAAAUGCCAGGGGGCUAAUGUAGCUUAUGCAAUUUUUAGAGAGGUUUUUGGUUUAGAUUGUGAAAUUGAGGAAGAACAUGUGAAAUUGAAGGGUAGAGUCAGUCCUAAUGUUCAUACUUUUAACACAUUAAUGGACUGUUUUUAUCGAGAUGGGUUUGCAGGGAGGGUGAAGGAGAUUUGGGAUCAAUUAGCAGAUUCAAAUUCGACUCCAAACAGCUAUAGUUAUAGUAUUCUAAUGACAGUUUUAUGUGAAGAGAAAAGAACGGGAGAAGCAGAGGAAUUGUGGGAAGAAAUGAAAAUGAAGAAGUUGGAGCCUGAUGUUGUAGCUUACAAUACUAUAAUUGGAGGAUUUUGUAAAGCAGGACAUACUCAUAGAGCUGAAGAGUUCUAUAGAGAAAUGGAACUCAGUGGAAUAGAGAGUACUUUCUCCACCCUUGAACAUCUCAUCAAUGGCUAUUGUGAUACUGGAGAUGUUGAUUCUGCAUUACUUGUGUAUAAGGAUAUGCGUAGGAAACAGUUUAGUCUCAACGCAUCGACGCUUGAAGGACUUAUUAGAAUGUUGUGUGCUGAGAGAAGGCUUUUAGAAGCUUUAGAUGUUUUUGGUUUUGCCAUUGAAUACUCUAGCUUUUGUCCUACAAUGGAAACUUUUGAAAUUCUGAUAAAUGAGUUGUGUCAAGAAGGGAAAAUUGAAGGUGCAUUUAAGCUUCAAGCGCAGAUGGUAGGGAGAGGUUUUAAGCCAAAUUUGAAGAUUUAUCAAUCAUUUAUCGAUGCUUACACGAAAGAAGGAAAUGCAGAAAUGGUUGAGAAAUUGUGGAAGGAAAUGCAUGAAAUCCAGCUGAGUUGAGAAGGGAAUUGUAUUGCAUUGUAUCUCGCCAUCUCCAAUGCAGCUGAUCCGGAAGAAGUUUCUAUUGGCAAGAGAGGGAAGAAGACGAACUUAGCUCCUACGAAGUUGUAACAUAGUGGAGGCCUAAACCUAGGUUCCUUUCAUUCUUCUAGGGAUAGGACAUAUAAAAGGUUGGAUCAUAGUGGGAAUCAAAUGAGAGCUUGCAAAGUGUAGACGCUAUGGAGGACAAGAAGGCCGAUGCGAGCUAGUUGGACCAUGUGUGGUCUAGUUGCCUCACACUCUCUUCAAUGGUGCCUCACUUGGAUCUGUUUGCAACUCAUUUAGUGUCCCUCAUCUGGGCUUUCCUCAUAGGUCCAAAAUUGUUCCUGCCAAACCAAACAAAUUUAUUCUUUAAAGCAAUUGAAAAUCUGUGAGGGUAUUAUUAGUUUAUGACAUUUUUUUUUCUUGUAAAUAUUUUGAUUUUGAAAAGUAUUUAAAUUGAAAGGUAGGUAGAGAGGAGAGAGAGAUUGGUGGUUGAUAAUUGUAAGAAAGGGAAGCAAGUGUACUUAGAUUCCAACAUUUAUUUGCUUUGUACCAAAAAUUCUCAAUACUUGGAUCACUUGUGUGAAUUGUUCUUUCAUGUGUUCCUUUCAAAAUGAAAAACAAAAAGUAGCUUCAA